AUUCACGGCAGCGUCUUUGCCCCCUCCCCCGCCCCCCGUGCCAGAGAAUCUGAAUGGUCCAUUCCAGCUGAGGAGGGAAAGCGAAUGUGCCGUCUGAGGAGCAGCGCUGCGCUCCUCGUUCCUCAGCUCCAGCCGCGGAGCUUACGGCGCAGGGCUGCGGAGUACAGCUGCCGCGGGAGAAGAGACCGCGCGCUUGGGCUUCCCGCCUCCUUUCUUUUUCUCCCCGCUUCCUCCGAGGGACGCGCUUCUCCCGGGGUUCUCUGUCCAGCCCGCCGCCGCUCUUGAGGGCACCCACACUGCAGUAAUGCCAGAGCGUGCCUGCGCGGGGAGCCCUCCCGAGUCCCAAGUGGCUGCCGGCUCCAGGUUGCCGCGCGCUCGUUAAUCGGAGCUCUCCCAGCCUUUUGGGCGCGCUCCUUUCUCUCCCCCCCACCCCAGUGGCUUCAGCCUGAGGAGGAUUGCGGUAGCCUGGCGAGCGCGUCGCAGGCUAGUCCCGUCCCCGUUUCUGCCGGGCGGGUGAUUCUUCGUUGCCCGGUUUGCCUCCAAGUCGCUGGCCCCUUAGGCUUUGCUCGGGCUGGCGACGAAGGGGAAGGCUUGUGACAUGUAACGGCGGCCGAGAGAAGGGGCUCUCCUCCUGCAGGGCCAGCCGUCAAAGGAAGUGCCGUCCGCCUCCCCCCCCCCCGUCACCCCGGACAAUGACAGCCAUGAAGGAGCAGCAGCAGGCGCAGUCUAACCCAGGCAACAGGGGAGGCCAGGGUCCAUCGCAAGAGCAGGAACUUGGAAGCAAUAGCCCACCACAGAGGAACUGGAAGGGAAUAGCAAUUGCAUUGCUGGUGAUUCUAGUUGUAUGUUCACUGAUCACCAUGUCCGUAAUUCUUUUAACACCAGAUGAACUGUCAAACUCUUCAGAAACAAGAUUGUCUUUAGAAGAUCUCUUCAGAAAAGAGUUUGUAGUUCACAAUACAGAUGCCAAAUGGAUGAAUGAUACAGAAGUGGUAUAUAAAAACAGGAAUGGACAUGUUAUUAAACUGAAUGUAGAAACAAACACAACUACAUUAUUGCUGGAAAACGCAACUUUUGUAACUUUCAAAGCAUCCAGAUAUUCAGUAUCUCCAGAUUUAAGAUAUGUUCUCCUUGCUUAUGACAUUAAACAGGUUUUUCAUUAUUCUUAUACAGCUUCAUAUGUGAUAUAUAACAUACAGACAAGGGAAGUUUGGGAGCUAAAUCCUCCAGAAGUAGAGGACUCAGUUUUACUGUAUGCAGCAUGGGGUGUACAAGACCAGCAGCUGAUUUAUAUAUUUGAAAAUAACAUCUAUUACCAGCCUGAUGUAAAGAGCAGCUCUUUGAGAUUGACAUCUUCUGGGAAAGAAGGAAUUGUUUUUAAUGGAAUUGCAGACUGGUUAUAUGAAGAGGAACUGCUUCAUUCACACAUUACUCACUGGUGGUCACCUGAUGGAGAGAGGCUGGCAUUCCUUAUGAUAAAUGACUCAUUAGUACCAAAUAUGCUUAUUCCUUGGUUUACUGGAUCUUUGUAUCCCAAAGGAAAACAGUAUCCAUAUCCAAAGGCAGGUGAACUGAAUCCAGUAGUCAAGCUGUAUGUUGUCAAUCUAUAUGGCCCAACACAUACAUUGGAACUCAUGCCACCAGACAGUUUUAAAUCAAGAGAAUAUUAUAUAACGAUGGUCAAGUGGGUGAGCAACACUAAGACUGUGGUGCGGUGGCUAAACAGGCCUCAAAAUCUAUCCAUCCUUACAGUGUGUGAAACAACCACUGGUGCCUGUAGUAUGAAGUAUGAAUUUACAUCUGAAGUCUGGCUUUCUAAGCAGAAUGAGGAGCCAGUUUUUUCUAAAGAUGGCAAUACAUUUUUUAUGACAGUUCCAGUUAAACAAGGCGGCCGUGGUGAAUUCCACCAUAUUGCUAUGUUUAAUGUUCAGUGUUUUAUUUUUGUGAGUUCUAUAAUUCGGGUAGCAUUGAAAUCCUGCUACAGUAAAUCAAUAAAUGAGAAAAAGCUACAAAAAUUAUUAAGGAAUUUGAAGAUGUGUUGUAUUAUCAAUUUUCUUUGUCUCUGGUAUUUUGGUAUUUACAGUGAUGAAGUUCCAGGCAGUCAGCUGGUUACAGAUAAGUUUCACAUUGAUUGGGAUUCUGUGCUUGUCAACUCUGAUAAUGUCAUCAUAGCUCAGUUUGAUGGAAGAGGGAGUGGAUUUCAAGGACUCAAGAUUUUGCAAGAGGUUCACCGUUCACUAGGAUCAGUGGAAGUGAAGGACCAGAUAGCAGCCGUAGAAUACUUGCUGAAGCAAUCAUUUAUUGAUGGUAACAGACUGAGCAUCUUUGGAAAGGGUUAUGGAGGUUACCUUGCAUCAAUGAUUCUGAAGUCCAACGAAAAACUUUUCAAGUGUGGAGCUGUAAUUGCACCAAUUACAGACAUGCGACUGUAUGCAUCUGCCUUUUCAGAAAGAUAUCUGGGCAAUCCAUCUAAGGAAGAAAAUGCUUACCAAGCAUCCAGCGUAUUGCACAAUAUUCAUGGCUUUAAGGAAGGAAAUUUGUUAAUCAUCCAUGGGACAGCGGAUACUAAAGUCCAUUUUCAGCACUCAGCAGAAUUAAUUAAACACCUAAUAAAAGCCGGAGUGAAUUAUACUAUGCAGAUCUAUCCAGAUGAAGGUCAUUACAUUACAUCAGAGAAGAGUAAAUAUCACCUUUAUAGCACAAUUCUCAACUUUUUUAGUGCUUGUUUAAAGGAAGAAACACCCAUUUUACCACAGGAAGUAGAAGACGAUGAAUAAGGAAUGAAGAAUAGGACUUGUAUGAGGAUCACUACAACCACAUUUAAAGCUGACUGUAAAAAAAACAGAUUCUUUGGGAGUCUGAGGGCAGCCAAAGUUUAUAGCAGCGGAACAGCACAUUUUGUGACAAUGGGCUAAAAAAACUGGGAUUUGAAUACACAAAUCCAUGUCUGAUGAAGGAACAAAACGUAUACCUUUGCGCAAGGCCAAAGGUUGGAUGCAGUUUUCUGAAAGAUAUUAAUUUUGCAUAAGAGUAGAAUUAGUGCAUGUUGAUUUUGUUACGAUUCACUGUUUGUUCAGUAUGUAGUUGCUCUGUUUUAUUUAGUAUGCACAUAACUUUUUGAUUUCAGGAUAAUGCACACUUUCAUAGGCCGCUAAUAUUUGGAGAAGGGACCUGCAGUCUAAUAUUCAAUUGUAAUUUUAGAUUAAGUGCAUUUUUUCACUGUUAAGCAUCAAAAUAUUGGAAAAAAUGCAUUUUAGUUGACCAAAAGACAAAUCAAUAAGUAGACUUUAAUUAUAAAUGUCAAGCGUUUAUACCAACUAAAUCAGUAAACUGCAGUAGUAUAUGCUUGAACUUUAUGUAUAUACACAAGACUCCUUCCACAACAGUAAUAACAACAAAAAAACAAUGUCCACUUUAAUUUUUUUUCCAGGCUAUAAUUACACCCAUGUGUCAAUUGACAUCAACAACUAAAAUAAUUUCCCAGUUAAAAGUUGCAUAUUUUGAAUUACUAAGCAAUGUUUGGGUUGUGCUUUUUCUCGUAUUGUUUACAGUAUUUUGCUGGUUACGCUCUAAUUUUAGAGUACAUUACUUUGUCACUUGUACAUUAGAUACAUGAAUAUUAAAUUAUAGUUUCAGAUAAAGAAAUUUUAUUAACAAUGUAAUGCCAUAGAGUAAUACUUUGCUGAGCUAUUUUGUAAAGCUGUUUUCCCCCCUUUCUUCAUACUGGUUGGGAUUUCAUUUUGAACUUCGGUGGUAGCGUAUUGCAGAGCUAUCUGUCAGAUUUUCUUUUGUGCUUCACAGCUAUUCAUUGAGUCUGUUACAAGAAUGAUUUAAAGUCAGCUGAAUAAGUUAGAAAUUAUUUGUCUCCAUGUAGUUUCAAGAAAGCUUCUGAUAAAUGAUUUUUAUUUUAUUUUAUUUCAUUUAGAUGAAAAUCCUGUGGUGCAUCCAUGUAUUUAUCAAGGUGAAUUACACCCUUAAAAUGAUGCCAUGAAAUAAACAAACCAGGGAACUUUGGCCAUCAAAAUAUAACU